CUAGGAAGCAGAGUAAAACCCGGCAAGGUAUUGGAGUGAGAGGAAUAUGCGCACACAAAUUGACCAAAUUCCACAUUUCUGUGAGCUUUUUGCUUCUUUAAUCUGUAAUCAGUUCAAGGAUAAGUCUUGCCGUCAACAAUUUCCAGGUUAUGUUAAAAUGAUGGAUGUGGAAUUCAAAGGGAGCGUGUAUCGCAUUAGAAAGUGUGCGUUUGAUUUGUUAGCGAUUGGAGAUGAUCUAAUGGAUGAUGAUGACUCAUGGGAUUUGGUGGGAAGAGAUCUUCAACUAAAAUCAACGUUCUUGUAUUGCGAUUUUAGAAAGAUGAUCUCAAGUGCACCCCAAGAUCAGAAGAAGGGUCUUACCGAACUAGCAAAUAAAUUGUUAUGCUCCAUUGAAGAGUUGGAUGAGGCAGUGAAAAUUCGAAGUAUUACAUUAACUCAUGAUCGAUACACCGAAGCUGCUGGCAUUUUACAUGAGGUGAUGGAACUCAUGCCUUCAGAUUGAUUUCAUGUUGUCAAUUCCAUGUAUGGUGCAUGGCUGGAUGAUGAAUCUAUAAUGUUUUACAUUGCAUAUAGGCUCAGUAUAGAAAAAAAAUGUUUUUUAUCUGUAUAGAAGUUGGAUAGUUCAUCUUUUACAUUUUCCUUAUAAAUACCAAGUGAAUUGGUAACAUGCAAGGCACGUCUGUCUUGCCCAUUGAA